AUGUAUUUUUUCCUUAUUAAUUUGUCUUGCAUAGAUCUAUUGCUAACCAGCGCAAUCACACCAAAGUUACUGUCUCUUCUUAUGAAUGGAAGUAGAGGCAUCAGCUAUGUGGGCUGUCUGGUACAAUGCUACAGCUUCUUCUUCUUGGGUUCCACUCAUAUUUUAAUUUUAGCAGUCAUGUCUUUUGACAGGUAUAUGGCUAUAUGCAAUCCUUUGCGUUACACGGCUGUGUUAAGCCCCACAUUCUGUCUAUAUCUAGCUUUGGGUGCUUGGGCAUGUGCUUUUCUGGACACCAUAGCCCCAACUGUACAAGUAGUAUGCCUUACCUUCUGUAGUUUGGGAAUUGACCAUUUUUUUUGUGAUGUAGAACAACUUUUAGAAAUAGCCUGCACAGACACUCAGCAUGUACGUCUUUUAAAUUUCAUGGUUUCUGCAGUGAUUGUGUUUGGUUCACUUAUUCUGAUUAUUGCAUCUUAUUUAAAUAUAAUAAUUGCAAUAAUAAAAAUACCCUCAUCAGGAGGGCGAAGGAAGACCUUUGCGACAUGUUCCUCUCACCUCUUAGUCGUGUUCAUAUACUUUGUUGGCACAGUGUUUAUGAGCUUACGGACUAUUAAAAACUCUUCUAUAGAUUUUGACAAAUUGGCUACAAUCCUGAAUUCUAUAAUAACACCGUUCUUAAAUCCAUUCAUCUACACUCUGAGAAAUCAAGAAGUUAAACAUGCUGUGAAGAGUUUCUUCAAAUGUGGAGUUAAUUUUAGCAACAAAGUAUAA